AUGGUAGGAGAGGUUCCACAUCUUACAACAAGUACUAGAAUAGAUGACCAGAUACCUGCUCCAGUAUUUCUACUUACUGGACCUACCAGUAUGGCAUACAACCCGACGUGUGACUUUCUGAGCACAAACCUAACAGUUAUAAAUACGAAUGAUGGGAAAACAUGCAAUGAAUUUCUUAGCAGCCAUUUGGAUUCGGCUCAUGGCAAUACAAUUUAUAUAUUUGAUAAUACCGGAGAUAUACCAAUAAAAUUGACUAAUGACUCAAUAUACGGGAUUCAAGUACAAAUUCAGCUGAAUUCCAACACAUCGAACUUAGAAUCAUUAGAUAAUGAGGCCUUGUUUUCCGGAUUACAAAUCUCCUUAUAUGAUGCGACUAUCGAUAAAACUGAUUUUUCGAAAAAGAAAGGAAAUGCAAGUGUUGCUUAUGAAGAAGCACUUAACGCUAAUGACUAUUUAAUUCCUCCAAAUCAGCGGAGCAUUAUCUAUUUUAACAGGAUAAUUAAUAAUGACCUUGAUGGUCAUCGUUUCAGAAAUCAUCUUGGUCUGGGAGCAAAACCGAAUGAAUAUGCGCUUAUAAAUACUAAAAUGCAAUCCGUUAACCCGUACAACGCAUCAUCGUUUAAAUACUUCGCAACUCUGGAAAUAUAUUACGAAAGCCGAAUUGUAACUAUAAAUGAACAAACAAGAGACAUAACGGUUCUUUCAAUUUUGAGUUCACUCGGUGGUGGUUUUGGUCUAGGGAUGGCUGUUUACGCGUUUUGCUUUGGUGCCCCUCAACUCGGACCUUGGGGUUGGGCUCAAGAAGUCUAUGGAUGCAGACAUAAACUUAAAAUGAAACUCGGCGAACGUUUCCAUGAUUUUGUCCCUCUUGUUGAUGAAAGACCAAGCUAUGAUGACCUAGACGCAUCAGAAUCCGCUCGCAUAACGGCACUCGAGAGACGAAGUGAAGCACUUGAAUUAUUCUUGAGAGACUACGUUGUGGAUGUGGGCGACUUAGAAGAAUUUACAGAUUCUUAUAGAAAUAUAAUUCAAAAUCAAAAUUUAAAUUCGGAGAAGUGA